UGUAAUAUAAUACUACCUGGUAAACCAAUCUCUACAAGUUUAUACAGGUUAAAUACAUAGCAGUGGAUAGACGGGAAGUGAUUUGUCAGAUAAGAAACUAAAGAAGUCAAUAUUUUUAAUAUUCUAGCCAGCUGUAUAAAUACCUGGUUACAUUAUGGCUGUGCCUGGUAAAAGGUCAUCCAAGAAACUAUCAUCUACACUAUCUCGUGGGGGUGCUGAAGAUUUUGACAUAUUCUGUGAACAAUGUGACAGAGAUGACAUCAGACUACCUGCCUUUGGUUACUGUGUGGAUUGUGAGGAACAUUUAUGUCAAACUUGCUUUAACACCCACAGACGACCAAAAUCACUACGCCAUCACCAACUUCUAGACAAAGAUCACAUGCCACAUAAACAAAACAUCCAUAAAUCAACUAAAUCUACUUCAGGCCCACAGCAUGGUGAUUUAUCAAAGCCUUGUACCAAACAUACCAAAGAAGUGAUCAAGUUCUACUGUCAUGACCAUAAUACACUUAUAUGUAGUGUUUGUGUGACCCUUGAACACACACGAACAUCCUGCCAUGUGGACUACAUACCUGACAUAUCAGUACAGACUUUAGACAGCAUGGAGUUCAAAGAAACUCUAAAAGAUAUUAAAAAAUUAACAGACAAAUGCUGCCAGAUCACAAAAGAUCUGAAACUAAAAAUUGCCAACUCAACAACUUCUGUGAAAGACACUAUAGUAGAAAUAGACAACUUUAGAAAAGAGAUAAACAAAAGAUUAGAUGAACUAGAAAAGGAAGUUAAAGAGACUGCAACAAAAAUCGAACAUGAAAAUCAAAGAAAGUUGAAAACAACAGAAACAACAUGUGAUAACAUCAACAGAUCACUCCAAGCAUCAGCUGUUACUUUAAAAAGUCUCAACACCAACAAGAAAGCUGACCGACUGUUUACAGAAUUAAAAAUAGCUCAGCAAUUGAUAUUACAAAAUGAAAAUAUAACAACACAGCUUCAAACAUUCAAAGAUGUUAAUGAAUACACUUUUGAAUCAAAUCAUGCAAUUAAAAAACUCCUUCAGAAUGAGAAAUCAUUGGGGACAUUGAGAAAAAAGGAGCUGAAGCAACCAGCUGAACCAAUAAAUAAGGCUGCUGUACCAAUGAAAAUGUCUACCCCUAGAAACAUCAAUGUUAAAACAUCCUCAGAUAAAGAUGAUUGCUGGAUUACUGGUAUAACUGUCUCUCCUCAGAACCAAUUAUUUGUAGCAGAUUACAAUAAUAACUCAAUUAAAAUGAUAGACAUAAAAAGUGGAGCAAUCAAGCAACUACAGCUUGAAUCAGACCCCUGGGAUAUCACCAUGGUGACCAAAGAUACACUUGCUCUUACAUUACCAGGCAUUCACACGAUACAGUUCAUUUCCUUCUCCUCAAACUCUCUCUCAUUGAAAAACAAACUGAAAGUAGAUGGAUAUUGCCGUGGAAUAAGCCAUCAUCAGGGGAAACUUGCAGUUACCUUUGUAUCUCCUGCUAAACUCCAAAUCAUGGACUUGAAAGGUAAUAUUAAAAUUACAGUUGAGAAAGACUCCAAUGGCGACAGUAUUUUAAAUAGACCUUGGUAUGUCACCACAAACAGUCAUUCAAUCUAUGUGUCUGAUAACGACAAAACAGAAAUCAUAUGGUUUAAUUGGCAGGGAGAGAUGAUAGGAAGAAAUGUAGACAUUGGAAGCCCAAGGGGUAUUUCACUGUUAGAUGACGGGUCCUUCUUUGUGAGUGAUUACAUGACUAAUUGUAUAUAUAGAGUAAGUGGUGACUGUAAAGACAGGACAACUAUACUGGAGAAUGUAGAGUAUCAUCCUCAAGCUGUAUGUUGGUGUGCUGAGACCAGAACACUUUAUUUAAGUACAUACAGAAAGAACACAGAGAGUAACAAUAUUAUCAAAAUAUAUGAAAUGAUGUAGAACCAAGCAAUGGUAAUCAAUGCAGACAUAAUAAAAAAUAUUUAUCAUUACUUAAAGUUUUAAUAAUACACCCAUAAGCAGUUCUCAUUUUGUACAUGUAUAUGUGCUAAAUAGAAAAUUGUAUUUGUGUAGUUUCAUUACUAAUUUAUCAAACUCCUUCAAUGAUAUAAUAUUAUGCUUGUCAGAGGCUUGUAUGAUAUAAAAAUUUCAUUCAACUUCAUCAUUUAACUUACAUGUACACUAUUUCAAUCACCUCUAUAUAUUCUCUAUACACAUGCCAUCUAUGCAAUAUCAUAAAUUAAAUUUUAUACUAUACAUUUCUAAUGACUUUAUAUCCAUCUAUAUAUAGUACAAUAUAAAUCAGUAAAAUAUUAUGAUAACAAACAUAUGUUUAUUUAAUGUAAUUUAAUUAUACCUCUACGGUUUCACCAUAUCAACAGGAUAAUGAAAAUAUAGAUAUGGAAAAAACGUCAAUAUAUAGUGUGAGCUUAUAUCAAUGUUUGUUUGCCAUAUAAACAUUGUCUUAUAGAUUGGGUUAUAUAAGCAUUUGAAUUUUACUAGGUCAUAUACUCGGUCACAAUAUUUAAAACUAAUAUUGUACACCAAGCUGGGAUGAACAACCAAGAAAGAUAAGAGAAAGCAUGCCACUACUUACCAAAUUUGACAAAUUCCCAUGGAGAAAAAUAAUUAACUAGAAAUGUGUCUAUAAGACACGAUUGCCCCCACACUCCACCGAUUUGUCAAUCUUAUGUCUCUAGGUCAAAUUUUUUUUUUGGCUACAUGUGCCCUGAAGUUAAAAACUAAAAGUCUUUUAUAAAGUAAAGGGCAAAUACUACAAACACUGAAAAAAUCCACAAGAAAAACCCACGGUGCAUACGUACACAUGCUGACCAACAUUCUUGUAAACUUUCAAGCCUACAGGUCAAAUAUUUUUUGAGUUACGUGCAACACAAGUUGAAUAUUGUAAAUUUUAACUAAGUCAAAGGCAGUAACUCUAAAAAUACUAAUAAUAUCAACUUGAAAAUACCCAGGUGCAAAACUACACAUGCUGAGCAACAUUCCUGUAAGGUUUCAUGACUCUAGGUCAUAUACUUAUUUAGUAACGUGCGACACAAGUUGAAAAUGGUAAAUUUUUAUUAAUUCAAGGGUAAAACUCUAAAAAUAUAUCCACACAAAAUACCCAGAUGAACAACUACACAUAAUGAUCAACAUUCCUGUAAGGUUUCAUGACUCUAGGUCAAAUAUUUUUUGAGUAGCAUUCGACACAAGUUGAAAAUUGCAAAUUUUUACUAAGUCAAGGGCAAUAACUCUAAAAAUACUAGAUAUAUCCACAUAAAAUACCCAACAUUCCUGUACGGUUUCAUGACUCUAGGUCAAUUACUUUUUAAGCUACAUGCGACACAAAAAGAGAACGGACGGAUGGACAGACGGAUGGAUGAACGGACAAGGGUAAAUCUAAAUGCCCCCCCCCAUAGUGGGGCCACAAAAAUGAAAAAUAAUUCUAUGAUAUUCAAAGUCAGAACAAUAAACAAAUGGUAUGAAACUUACAAUAUGAUUUAUAGUAGCUCUAAUUACGUUGAUUUUGUUUCUUUUCUUUUCUAAUGUUUGUAAAUAUCUUCGGAACAUACAUGGUAUAACUUCUGAGGACCUGAAAAUGAAAAUAGUUUCAAAAUGAGAUACUAUAGGUGUAAAAUUGUUUUUAACUUUUGUUGGAUAUAAUGCAAAUAUGAGAUAUGGGGGAUAUUUGUUUAUGUUGAAUAUGCACUAACUCUCACUAAGAAAUUCAUUUUUUUUAGUUACUGAGAAUGACUGAAAAAUAUAUAAAGAAAGAGUAAUGGCAAAACCAGGUUUUAAAAAAAGCAGGGUCCAAGUUCUACAACAUGAAAAAACUUUCAUGUUUGACCAUGCCAUUAAAUGAUAUUUUUUCAAGUUUUCUCACAGUAAUUAAUUUAUAUAAAGGUUUGGUAAUAAAUGUUGUUUUGUCUAUGUAUGAAUUAAAUCAAACUGCAAAUAAAAGCAAAG